AUGGCAUCCAAAGAGAAGCCCGAACAGGGUCUCAAAAACCCCGAGCCGUCUCUUCCUUCAAAGGAAAAGAAGGAGCCAAAGUAUCAUGUCUAUAUCCGACUUCCCUUCAAUCGCGGCGACUUCGUCGAUCCCCCGCCAAUGGACUGGGACGAAAGGAAAUCCGAAGCACUGUGGGGCAUCAUUUCUGGCGCCUCGCAGACCGAGAUCGACUGGGAUGACCUUGCUGUCAAGUUCGACGUCACGGUUGAGUUCUUGCUACAGAUGGCCUCGUAUCUUGCCGAGCGCCACAACUCGCAGCUCAGAGCCCAGAUGCAGCGUAAGGCCGCUAUAACUAGAGGCUCGACUGCCCCUUCCCCUGUGCCUGGGGCUGAGCCCGUCGGGUAUGCGACGGCCGAGGCCAUGCGCCGGACUGGCUCUGGAGGUGGACGCACGCCGUCAGCACUCUCCAUACGCAAGGAAACGCCUGCCCCCAAGAGUGACGGAAACACGGCUCCCACACCAACCAAGACCACCCUGCCCCUGCGGCCCACUGUCUCACGAAACUCGUCAGCCAACACGGCUGUCUUGACGCAGAUUCAGAUCGCCAACAAGGCAACUAAUAAUAGGCUGGCCGACUCGUAUCGGCCCAGACUCCCGUCGCUGCCUAUCUCGACAGCUUAUGCAAACCCCACACCCAAACCCGGCCAAGACGCCGAGCUCCCGCCUCCUAGCCCCGCCGCGUCGACAUCGUCACCAACGUCAUCCUCGUCUGACAGCCCAGUCCAGAGUCGCAUCAUUCGCCGCCCUCCUCGCUUCCAAGCCGUCGACGCAGCUGGGGACCUAGACGGUGACGACGAGGCCGAACCUGCCUUCCUGCCCUUCAAGGCGCAAAGCCCCACGUCCAUUCGGGGCCAGGAUAUGGGCGCCACGCUACGAGGAGAUGUCCGUGACUUUGGGCGUCGCUUGCCAAAGACUGAUCACAAGGACCAGAUCCACCACUCACAAACCUCGGACUCAUCGACAAGCUCAGCAGCCAUGGUGCCUCGGCAGUCGACAAAUAACCGCAAGCCUCCGGGGCCACUUUCCCCACGCCGGACAGCUGAGCUCGUAGGCCGAAGCCCCACUGGAAAGGGCAAAGGAAUGUCGCGCGAGGGCAGCGACGGGGCUCCGAGCAUGGGGAGCAGCUUCAGCGACCUUGAUGACGCUUCGGUGACACAGUCGGCUCUUGAGGAGGCUCUUGCUAGUCGCAUGGACGGUACUAUUGGUAGUAGGAUGAGCACCAUAGGCCAGGCCAUCCGAAGCCGGUACUUACCCAAGUCGAACCAGCCGUAA